GACGUAAACACACUGCGUCGGUUAAUGUAGUUCGCAUCUCCGCUAGCAGCCGCGCCGAAGAGUUUGCGGCUGUCCACGUCGUAUACGGACCCAAAUAUGCUAAACGUUCCUUUAAUCAACUUGUGCGUACUCUGACAAUGAAACGCCAAGAGUCUACAAGAAGAAAUAAGACUUCUAAGUAUCAUAUAGUAUGUCUUCGUGUCAAUCUGAACUGUGCUCCUACUGGUUUUGCUAGCUAGGCGUGCGAGGAGAGACAUGUUUUGCUAAUAUGUCAGACGGUUAUUUAAAUUGUUUGUAACAACAGCCACCAACGUACGAAGAAGUUAGUACGCCCACAAAGGAGACCACAGUUGAACUGCUGGCACAUUUUCAUUCAAUUUGGACAAUAUCGUCAAGUUUUGAUCUCAAUAAUAACCAUGUGAAGAGUGGACGUCUCUUCAUCUCUGCUAGCAACGUCGGUUUACGUCAAUGGGGACUAUGGCAGUCCACAGUAAUGUUCAUUCCAUUGCAGUUCUCCUCCAUGUUGUGCUUAGUUUACUGGUUUAGACUAUUGAGAUAGACGUUAUGGUAGACGAGGAGGAAUUAAUCAGGGCAGAGGAGCUUAGCAAUGGCCAUUUUGUUCCUCCAGCGAAUGUGUGCGGGCUGUCUGUCCUGUCCUGUCUGCUGCUGGCAUCCUCUUACGUCGGGAGUUUGUACGUGUGGAGGAGUGACCUGCCGAGGGAUCACCCCGCUGUUAUAAAACGACGCUUCACCAGCGUGUUGAUUAUAUCAGGCCUGUCACCUCUCUUUGUGUGGAUAUGGAAGGAAUUGACAGGAAUCCGGAUGGUGUCACCACUAUUGGUGGUCAUGGGGUUCCGCUUUGAAGGGCUCAUCCCUGCCAUUGUCUUGCCUUUGGUGCUCACCAUGAUCCUGUUCCUUGGCCCCCUGACCCAGUUGGCAAUGGAUUGUCCUUGGACAUUAAUGGAUGGUAUCCGGGUAGCAUUUGACCCAUGGUUCUGGACGUUGUGUUUCAGCGACAUGCGCUGGUUAAGGAAUCAGGUGGUGGCGCCUUUAACAGAAGAGCUGGUGUUCAGGGCUUGUAUGCUGCCAAUGUUGGUGCCCUGCGCCGGCCCUUCAACCGCCAUAUUUACCUGCCCGCUCUUUUUUGGCAUGGCGCACUUCCACCACGUGAUUGAGUCGUUGCGCUUCAGAAGGGGCUCGCUGUCAGGGAUCUUCUUCUCAGCGGCGUUCCAGUUCUCAUAUGCGGCAGUGUUUGGUGCCUACGCAGCCUUCAUCUUUGUGAGAACAGGUCACCUGGUGGGCCCAGUUCUCUGCCACUCCUUCUGUAACUACAUGGGCUUCCCGGCCAUCAGUUCGGCCCUCGAGCACCCUCAUCGCCUUACUGUCCUUUCCUCUUACCUGCUGGGAGUCCUUCUUUUUCUCCUACUCCUCUUCCCCCUCACUGAUCCUUCCUAUUAUGGCCUGCCCACGCCAGUGUGUGCCCUGGCUGCUUCUUCUAGCUCCCUGUGCCUCCCCUGAUCCAGGCCUCACCCCUUACUCCCUUUCUUUUUUUUUUGCGUCUUUCACAUUCUACUGACAAACGCUCGCGGAGGUUGACGUUGGAGAGCUCGGGUGGUCAGCUUUGGCCCGAUGGUGCUUGAUAGUGGUCAUCAGGGUGUCAGGUCUACUGGUCAGUGGAAUGCUUGCAGGCUAAUGUUGCAGGGGAGCACGGGUGAAAGACACAAUAUUUAUUAUUGAAGCCGUUAUUUCAACUUGAUUUUGUUGCAGUGUUUGCUGCAGUUGUUCAUCUUUAAAUCGACAUGGACCAUUCCAGGACUAUUUAAAUUAGUUGGAUUAGUUUUUCUCCUUUUGAAUCAAUUCUUUGACAUUAUACUUUAUUGUUUUCAGGGUAGACAUAGUAGUCACAUUUAAGUUCACAAAAAAGGCAGCAAGAACUUUAAAAUGCAAACACACUCUAUAAGCUAAACUGGAACUGUGAAGAAAACGUUGACUGCUUCAGCAAUAUCGAUCUUUUUAUGUGAUUGACGCGUGCUUGUGGGUCACGGUUUGUACACACUAGAGGGCGUCAGAGAGCCAUAUUGCUGCUUCUGUAUGACUUGUCAUUUUUACUCAAAGCCAUGCACUACAAUUUGAACCCAAAUGAAAAAGAAUUGAAUCAACACAUGUUUAAUAUGUGGAGCCAGUUCCCAUGUCUUACUCACAAUGGAUCCACACACGAUAUUGCGCUAAAUGUGACUUGUUAAAUAAAGUCAUUGAAAUAAAUGACAAUGCAGCAGGAGCAGGUGUAUUACUGCAACAGGUGUAUGAGGACAGUUGUGUGACCAUUGACAAAAUAAUUCAGUGGUUCACAACCUUUUAAGUGCGGUACUUCUGUAUUUUCUCCCCAGGUUAGUACACCAUAACCAGAGAAAAGCAGUUUUUGUCAAAACUAUAAAAAAAAAAAAAAGAGUAAAACACAGAGCCUUAGCAUUGCUGUUUGAGUCAGUAUUGCCCACAACAGUGCUUCGUGUUGUUGUUUGAAACAGCUGGAAAUAAAAAUACGUACACUACAAAAAGUUAGAUGCUUUCGGGUGAAAUUACAGAAUUAAUCUAAAAUUCACUAUGAGGUGGACUUAAUUUGACCUUCUCGUAACUUUAAAAUGUCCAACUGUUGAAUAUUUUAGUACUUACUGACAACAGGUGAUCACUGAAUCAAUGCCUUUCUUAGCCGCCUGUAUCUCUAUUGCAACAUGCCGAUGAAACACUAGGCUCAGUGGCCACCUCCUCUGAGAACAUUUUGUUUGACUUAGAAAAUCAGCAGGGGAUCAAAUACACUAAGUACCCCCAGGGUGUAAAACACGGAACUAAUCGAUAUGUUUUAACAACAAUGAGGCUCAGCCACUCCCACAACAGCAAAGAUGAUUUAUCUUCAAGUCAGAAGAGACUGCUUCUUUAGCCAAUUCAAUUACUCACUGCUGCCUUCAGAGGCACCUGCCACUGCUAAUGCCCCAUCAGGCCCGCCCCCCAACCAAGCCAUCCCAAUGUUAUUUAUGCUGACUGUUAUUGAUUCCUUCGCAUUUUCCUCUUUGUCCCCGGCUGCCACCAACUUGUACUUUUUCCUCUCACGGGUGUCUUUGCAAACACGAUCAGGGAGACGAGAGUUCUGCCUUUAUCGCUGUAAGAAGACGAAGAUAAAGGCUGUCGUCAAACAACACACUCAGCCCACUUUUCCCCCAUGCAAAAUAUGCGUGGCGCAGCGCUGACAGACUGCACAGUCUAUUUUUGCACAGCACUGUUGUUUUAAUACACCACAUUUCAGACAAUGAGUCAGCUCCCCUUUCUUAUCAACACAGUUUUUUCUAAUCAUUUCUAUUUUGGUGAGCGCGUGGCAAUAUGCAUGUAUUUUACGCUUACCGCGUCACGCCUGUACAUUUUUUGUACAAAAAUCUUUUACAAAAUACCUGUGAAUAAAACAUGCAAUUUUAUACACUAA